GAGCAAUUCUCGCGUGAUUUGGCUGCACCAUACACUACUGAUAUGACUUAUGGUCCCAUCAACCGGUUGUAAAGUAACUUAUCGUACAGAAUAUGUUUGUCAGUGACAGAGCAACUUAAUAGUAUGUGAAUAUGUAAGGCCAAAACAUUAUAAUAUUGUCGCGAUCACCUGAGAAGUCUGAAUUGCUGAAGAGAUAAAAUAGAGAUGCUACCCGGUUGCUAGCAUGCUGCAGUUAGCAUAGCCACUACUAAAGUUAGCUUCGCCCGGCACAACGUGAAGAACGUUUUUUUUUUUACUGAAUAUUUAUCCUAGAGUCAGGUUUAACAUUACAUUUAGCUUACAAUGAAGUGUCACUAUGAAAUCUUGGGUGUGAAACGGGACGCAGGAGACGACGAUUUGAAAAAAGCUUAUCGGAAAUUAGCAUUGAAAUGGCAUCCAGACAAAAACUUGGAAAAUGCUGAGGAGGCGGCAGAGCACUUCAAGCUGAUUCAAGCAGCUUAUGAUGUCCUGAGUGAUCCGCAGGAGAGAGCUUGGUAUGACAAUCACAGGGAUGCUCUUCUGAAAGGAGGAAUCAGUGGAGAUUAUGAGGACGACAGCAUUGAUCUGCUGCAGUACUUCACGGUCACCUGCUACUCUGGCUACGGAGAUGAUGAGAAGGGCUUUUUCACAGUCUACAGGAAUCUCUUUGAGUCCAUUGUUAAGGAGGAGAUGGAGCACGGCAAGGUGGAAGAUGAGGAUGAGGAGGAGGACUUUCCUCCCUUUGGAGACUCUCAGAGUGACUAUGAUACUGUCGUGCAUGUGUUUUAUGGCUACUGGCAGAGCUUCUGCACACGUAAAAACUUUGCAUGGAAGGAAGAGUACGAUACGAGGCAGGCCUCCAACCGCUGGGAGAAAAGGGCCAUGGAGAAGGAGAACAAGAAGACCAGAGACAAGGCAAGAAAGGAGCGCAACGAACUUGUGCGACAACUCGUGGCUUUUGUUCGCAAGCGUGACCGCCGUGUGCAGGCUCACAGGAAGCUGGUGGAGGAGCAGAAUGCUGAGAAGAUCAAGAAGGUGGAGGAGCAGAGAAGGAAGCAGAAGCUCCACCAGGCCAAACUGGCAGAGGAGUACAAGGAGCAGAGCUGGGCAGCCAUGUCCGAGCUUGAGAAGGAGCUGCAGCAGAUAGAGGCUCAGUACGGAGAGGAGUUUGGAGAUGCAUCAGAGAGUGAGGAAGAGGAGCUGGAUGUGGAGACACAGGAGAAGAACAGUGAAGAGGGAGGAGAUGCAGAGCAGCCUGAUGGAGACGAAUUUACAAUGGAUGAUUAUUAUGAUGGUCUGUACUGCCCAGCAUGUGACAAAUCCUUCAAAUCAGAUAAAGCUAUGAAAAACCAUGAAAAAUCCAAAAAGCACCGGGAGAUGGUGGCACUGCUACGGCAGCAGCUGGAGGAAGAAGAUGAGUCACUUGGUUUGAACGGAAAGGAGGGAGGAGAGGAUGAAAAUGAGCAGGAAGAGGAGGAGGAAGACGAGGAGGCAGACAAACCAAGGCAAAAGCUCUCCAAAAAGCAAAAGAGGAAAAAGAAACAGCAGAAAGUAGUACAGCAGAAUGUAACGGAGGAGGAGGUGGUGGAGGUGAAGGAGGAGGAGAAACCAACACAGACCAACUGUGAGGAAGAAGCCCCAGAGAAGUCCGAGAACCCUACAGAGCCUGAUGAGCAGGAUGAUCCCCCUCCCACAGAAGUCAAGAGCAGCUCUGGGAAGACAAAAGGAAAGAAAGGUGGAGGGAAAGACAAACCAAAGAAUGUCAAGUCAAACUCAGGAGCAGAACAUUGUCAAACAGAGAAAGAAGUAAGCCUCUGCUGUGUGACCUGCAACAACGAGUUCCCCACAAGAAACAAGUUGUUUGACCAUCUGAAGGCCAGCGGCCACGCCAUCGCUGUCUCCUCAAACACUCAAAGCUCUGUGAACAAGAGUAAAAAAGACAAGAAGAAGAACAGAUAACACAUCUUCAUUUGGAUUGGUAAACCUGAGAGUUUGAUUCAGCGGGGCAUACACUUAAAAAAAGCCUUUGAAAGUGGACUUUUGUUGGACUGACUGAGACUGUAUAGUUUUUUUAAUUUACACAAUAAUCCUGUUCAGUGAGACAGUUCUGUGUGUGAGACUCUUUUAUUGUUAUGAGUCUUCUGAAUUUGAAUGAUUGAAGGAUUUCAAUACCUUUCCCUAGCUUACCUUUCCCAGUAACUUAUAAAAGUCUGCUGAUAACAAGUGGAAAAUCCAUACAUAAUGUACAUUUAAAACACCUUUUUCCCUGUUAGCAAAUCCUUUGCCGUUUUUGGAAUUA